UGGGGCGCCGGCGGGUCCUGAGGUUGGGCUGCAGAGAAUGGGGCGGGGAAAGAGCGACCGAGUGCAAAGGAGGCGUCUGGCGAGCAGGAGCGGAAAGGACCCGAAGAGGCAAGGCAGGCCCAGGGACUGGUACUGGGAGGCGUACUUGGAGAGGGCGCAGAAGCGCUACCGGGAGAGGUCGGUGAAGCGCAGGGUCAAGGGCGAGGAGUCGGAGUCCCCGGACGAAGCCGAGUGGACGUUCCCGCUGGAGAGGAAAGCCAAAUUGCACUCGAUCCCGAGGGCGGAGGAGAAGGGGGACAGCGACGGAGAGACGUCCGGAAUUUUCAAGGUACCCAAACAGCAAUCGCGGCGGCCCAAGAUCCGUUUCAGCCUCGCCCCCAAAUUGUCUCGCCGCUGGUCGCAGUGGUCUGCCACUGGCACCCGCCCCCGGAGCAGUGUGAUCAACGAGCUGGCGAAGAUGGGCGAUCCCGACCUCCUGGAAAUGGUGGAGCAGGAAGGGAAAAGCAGCAAUAGAGAUAUCACCUAUAGUAUCCAAAUGAGUGAAAGCAUGAGCAGCAGAGAAUCCAGUUUUCUCAUCAAGGAAGAACGAAUGCCUGCAAAACGAUUCAAUCUGUUCCUGAGGCGGCGUCUUAUGUUUCAAAAAAGAGAACAAAGCAAAGAUUCUGUCUUCUUCCGUGAUGGAAUUAGGCAAAUUGAUUUUGUGCUUUCCUACGUUGAUGACAUAAAGAAAGAUUCAGACUUAAAAGCGGAAAGAAGAAAAGAGUUUGAACUAAAUCUGAGAAAAACAGGUCUUGAGUUGGAAGUGGAAGACAAAAGGGACUCAGAAGAUGGAAGAACUUAUUUUGUCAAGAUCCAUGCACCUUGGGAGGUACUAGUUACUUACGCCGAAGUGUUGGGAAUCAAAAUGCCUAUUAAGGAAAGUGAUAUUCCCCGACCUGAGAACAGCCCUUUACGUUAUAUGCUUGGGCCUGUGAAGCUCCCACAGGAUGUGAUGUUUCCUCGUCCUGAAUAUUUCACUGCCCAAUUCAGCAGACAUCGGCAGGAGCUCUUCCUCAUUGAAGAUGAAGCAACCUUCUUUCCAUCCUCAUCAAGAAACAGAAUUGUAUAUUAUAUUCUCUCACGGUGUCCUUUUGGCAUAGAAGAUGGGAAGAAAAGGUUUGGGAUUGAAAGACUGCUGACUUCCAACACUUAUUCAUCUGCCUACCCUCUCCAUGAUGGCCAAUAUUGGAAGCCAGCAGAACCUCCCAAUACUGUCAAUGAAAGGUAUAGCCUUUAUCAAAAUUGGGCACGGUUUUCCUAUUUUUACAAGGAGCAGCCUUUAGAUUUGAUUAAGGACUAUUUUGGAGAAAAAAUUGGUAUCUAUUUUGUUUUUCUUGGAUAUUAUACUGAAAUGCUCCUAAUUGCAGCUGUAGUUGGCUUAGCCUGUCUUAUUUAUGGGAUAUUAUCAAUGGAUGCUAAUGAAAGCAGUACUGAAAUCUGUGACCCUGAAAUUGGAGGUCAGAUGAUCAUGUGCCCACUUUGUGAUCAAGUAUGUGAUUAUUGGAGACUAAAUAGUACCUGCUUGACUUCAAAGUUGUCCCAUUUAUUUGAUAAUGAAUCUACCGUAUUCUUUGCAAUAUUCAUGGGAAUUUGGGUCACACUGUUUUUGGAGUUUUGGAAACAACGACAGGCCAGACUGGAAUAUGAGUGGGACUUAGUGGACUUUGAAGAGGAGCAGCAGCAGCUUCAGCUGAGACCUGAAUUUGAAGCUAUGUGUAAACACAGGAAAAUGAACCCAGUGACAAAGGAGAUGGAACCUUACAUGCCUCUGUGGAAUCGUAUUCCGUGGUACUUUUUAUCAGGAGCCACAGUGACAUUUUGGAUGGCUCUUGUUGUCAGCAGCAUGGUCGCUGUGCUUGUAUACCGCCUGUCCGUCUUUGCUACAUUUGCUAGCUUCAUGGAAAGUGAAGCAUCCUUUCAGCACGUCAAAGUUUACUUUACUCCUCAGAUAGCCACAUCACUUUCAGGAUCAUGCUUGAACUUUAUGGUCAUCUUGAUGUUGAAUUUCUUUUAUGAAAAGAUAUCUGCCUGGAUUACAAAAAUGGAAAUUCCUCGAACUUACCAGGAGUAUGAGAGUAGUCUUACUUUGAAAAUGUUCCUGUUUCAGUUUGUAAAUUAUUACUCAUCCUGCUUCUACGUAGCUUUCUUUAAAGGGAAGUUUGUGGGCUAUCCUGGAAAAUACACAUAUUUGUUUAAUGUGUGGAGAAGUGAAGAGUGUGAUCCUGGAGGCUGUCUAAUAGAGUUGACAACCCAGCUGACCAUCAUAAUGACUGGGAAACAGAUUUUUGGAAACAUUAAAGAAGCCAUUUAUCCCUUGGUUUUUAAUUGGUGGAGACGCCGGAAAGCUCGGACCAACUCUGAGAAAUUGUACAGUCGCUGGGAACAGGAUCAUGACCUUGAAACUUUUGGACAACUUGGGUUAUUCUAUGAGUACUUAGAAACAGUUAUCCAGUUUGGAUUUGUCACACUAUUUGUGGCUUCUUUUCCUUUGGCUCCUCUUCUUGCCCUUCUGAAUAACAUCAUAGAGAUCCGAGUGGAUGCCUGGAAACUUACUACUCAGUAUAGGAGACCUGUAGCUGCCAAAGCUCAUAGCAUAGGUGUUUGGCAAGAUAUUCUUUAUGGGAUGGCCGUUGUUUCUGUUGCAACUAAUGCUUUUAUUGUUGCAUUUACAUCAGACAUCAUCCCCCGUUUGGUGUACUACUACGCCUACUCAACCAAUGCCACACAUCCUUUCAAAGGAUAUGUCAAUAACAGUCUGUCGGUAUUCCUGAUAGCUGAUUUUCCAAACCACACUGCACCUUCAGAAAAACGAGACUACACCACUUGCAGGUACAGAGAUUAUAGACAUCCUCCUGAAGAUGAUGAGAAUAAAUACCUUCAUAAUAUGCAAUUCUGGCAUGUCCUUGCUGCUAAAAUGACCUUCAUUAUAGUUAUGGAACACAUUGUGUUCUUGGUUAAAUUUUUGUUGGCCUGGAUGAUCCCUGAUGUUCCAAAAGAUGUUGAGGAGAGACUCAAAAGAGAAAAGUUAAUGACUGUCAAGAUUCUCCAUGACUUCGAACUCAAGAAAUUAAAAGAGAACUUGGGAAUUAAUUCAGAAGCAUUUUCCAAGCAGGUCUUGAUGGAAGAAAGCAAAGUACAGCUGGCUAAAUCAACAAUCUAAUCAGCACAAUGAAAAAACAGCUGGUUGCCUGUCUCACUUCCCUUUUUUUCUCUGGGUUUAGGGCCAGAGGCCGAAAGCCAUGUGUCAAUUUUAUUCCUUUUUUUUUUUAACUCAAUUUUAUAUACUCUCAUAGAAGCCAACUUUGUGUUAUUGGCUGAGUACCACUUGUUCGCAUAAUCCACUGGGCCCUCCCCAGAUACUGUUUUCUGGGAUCCUAUAAAUGAUUGUUGAAAGCACAUGUGGAAUCAGCUUAUGGGAAAUCAUGGAGUGUUGCAGUUCAGAAUGAAACACUGGACUGGGGCUGUCCCUUCUCUUUGCUGUGCAUCUGCACAUUUUUAUGGUCUUUUGGGUUGCUUAUAUCUCCUCCCCAUCAAGAAAAAUGUUACAAAAAGAAACGGAGCAAAGAGGCCUCCUGAGUCACAUAAAUCCUGCCAUUUUAAAAUCUGCAAAUGAAACACCAAAAUCAGAUGACAUAAUAAACCUCACAUAUUAAAGAAUAUUGGUUAUAUAUCAUAGCAGGUGUUUAUUCCUGAAAUUGUCCAAUACAAAUUAAACUCCGUCAAACUCCCAGGUAGUUCUUCCAGGCAAAUGCAGAAUUCAUUUUCUUCUAAAGACUGAAUGUUUCAACAAGAGACUAACAAGUUUCUUAAUGAUAACACUUUGGUAACUAUAAUUUCUAGAUUAUCUUAUCUGGGAAACCACAUUACAAAGUUGUUAGGUCUUCAAAUGAAUGAAAGGUAUUGAAGAAAAGUACAUGUGUUUUCUUAGCAGUUAAAGAAUGCAAGGCAAUGCAUAUUGAUUUAUUCAUUUCAAUCUAGAAAAUUGUUAAAAGUUUUUAAAAUUACUUUUUUUCUGGAAUGCCUAUUUUGCAUCAUGAAGUCUUUUUGAGCAUAAGCUAUUUAUAUAAGCUAGGUAAAGUUAUUUAUGAAAUGUAAUCUAUUUGCUUAAAGGAAUUUUUACUCUUAAUAAGUUUACAGUCUUUUCAUAUUGAUGUAUCAUCAUAAACAAUGCUCAGUGCCUUGUUACUAUCCUUUGACACAUGAGAGAUCAUACUGUUGGCUGUUGAUUUGACAUGAUGUAAUAUAUCAAAUGUAGAGAAAUAACAAAAAGUUUAACACCAAGGAAAAUUCAACCAAGUAAGAAUAAGGUAAACUUGAUAGUUAAAUGAACAAUAUUUGUUAAAUUAUUCCGCUCAAAUUUAGGCCUGUGUAUGUGCAAAACAAUUUUAGUUCUCAUUCCAUUUAACAAAAUAUUGUGUGUGUUUGUUACCACUAGAAACAGAGAGAUGCAGUCCACUUAUACACCAUAUGAAUCUCUAGUUUCAAAUUAUAAUUCAGUUCCAAAGGAACAGUGUUUAUCACACACCAAGAAACUUUAUCACAGGAUUUUUUAAAGUAGUAUUUAUUAAUCUAAUAUUAACAAAUUUUAUAGCAUUGCCAAUAUUAAAUAUAUGACAGAUGGACAAAAUUAACUACUGAUUAAUAUUAAGCAUUUAGACCUGGGGAUUAUGGAAUUUAUAAAACUAUAAGACAGUUACCCCAGUAUUGGGAGAACUAAUUUGUCAUCCACUGGGUAUAUUUCAUGAACAUUUUUGGGUAAUUUGAAAUGCACUCAUAAUUUAAAGAUGAUUUUUAUAUGUAGAGGAGACAUAUUUCUUGCUUGAGAAAAUCAGUCAAGGUUACCAUGAAAUAAGCCCCAGACACAAUAUUAUUAUUACCUUGUCAAAUCAAACUAUAUUAUUACAAUGUACAUUGCUUCCUUCCUGGGUGCUGAUGAAAAUAAGGAAGAGCAUAGACUUUAGUUUCUUGGAUAUACACUUUAAUUUUUAUUGCUUAAAGUAUUUAGAAGAGCUAGUUAGUAAGAUAAAGAUAAAUUUAACUCACAAAAUUAUCUGUCCACUACAGCUUUAAAACAAACUAACCCAAGUGUUGGGUUAAGAGUAUAUAUGGAGAAACCAGCAAAAAAAGAAAUUGUUUUAAGAUAAUUAAUUCUUAUGAUUGAUGGAUAUUUUCCUUUUAAAAUAUAUUGAUAAAUGCUUUGUAUUCACCUUGUGAUUUACUGAGAAGUUUCUUCUUGUUUUACAGAUUUUAAAAUGAACUAUUGGUAUCACUUUUCCUGAUAGUUUGCUAACUAAAAUCAGAAGCCAAAUGUAUUCAAAUAUAUUUGUUUCAUUUAACCAAAUCCAUUGGUUUUUAUUGGAGGGCUGAAUUAAGAGCACCUGAACACCAAAUAUAACUUCAUAUUUAUCAGCAUGGGAGUUAUUUUUGUCCCUUAAUCAAGCUGAUACUCAUUUUUUUCUUUUCAGAAAUGUUCCAGGGAACAUUUGAGAUCUUAUGUGAAAUAAAAUGUUUAAGUGUUGAAGACAAAAAAAAAAAACAUAACUUUUCAAAUGUUCUCUCUCAUUCUUGCUUUCAUCAAUUUUUGUUUGCGUACAAGAAGUAGAAUCCUUUAAAACGUUUAUUUUAGAUGAAUCCAUCAAAAAGGAAGGGUCCUAAUUAAAUGCUCUCUUAAUUUUGCUGCAUCUCAUGAAUCCUCAUGGCUUUAAUGGUCUUAUUUUGUCCAAACUAUUAAGCAAGUUCUCAAAGAGAAGAUGUAGAAAAAGAAGCUGAGGAAAGGAGGAAGAA